AUUGAUCAACUUAUACAGACACUAGCACUUGGACCAUAUCGAAAUUCACUGUGUAACGAAUUGGGUGAAGCCGAAAAGCAACGACUCAAAAUAGCUGAACAAGUUCUGAAAGAUACCGAUGUUUUGCUGUGCAAUAACGUAACUGAAGAAAUGGAUUUAUAUGAUACAGCGUUUAUCAUUGAUUACCUACGAGACUGGGCAAUUAAGUUGAAUCGCGUCGUUGUUAUGGCAAUUGCACCACAAACAAUCGAAAUACUACAUAUGUUUCAUAAAACAAUUCUCAUGGCAUCAGGUCGAAUAAUUUAUAAUGGUCAUUCAAAUGAGAUGAUCAAUUAUUUCGAGUCGAUUAACUUCCCGUGUCCGAUGCUCAAAAAUCCGUGUGAUUAUUAUGGUAUGAGUGAUUUAUUUGAACUUGAAGAACUGAUUCCGUUUCUCAUACGUAAGAUAAAAGAAUAG